AUGAAGUUACCAGAAGGGUUAAAGAACAAACCUUCAAAGAAAUCCAAGGGUGGAGGAAGUAGUGCUAUGGGUGAUGGUGGAUCUAUGGGUGAUGAAGGUAAAUCCGGAGGUGAAGGUAAAUCUAAAGGUCGAGGUAAAUCUAAAGGUGGAGGAAAACGUGGAGGUAAAUGUAAAUGUGGAGGUAAAUCCAAGGGUGAAGGUAAAUCCAGAGGUGAAGGUAAAUCUAGGGGUGAAAUUUCCAGGGGUGAAGGUAAAUCCAUGGGUGAAAGUUUCACGGGUGAAGGCAAAUCCAGAGGUGGAGGUUCCAUGGAUGGUGAAGGUAAAUCCAGAGGUGGAGGUAAAUCCAAAUUUAAAGAAAAUAUAAGAACUAAAUUUGGAGAGAUAAAAGGUAGAUUCGGACGUCAUGGAGGUUCACCCGGAGGUGGAAGCUCACCCGGAGGUGGAAGCUCACACGGCGGUGGAAGCUCACCCGGAGGUGGAAGCUCACCCGGAGGUGGAAGCUCACCCGGCGGUGGAAGCUCACCCGGAGGUGGAAGCUCACCCCAAGGUGGAAGCUCACCGGAAGGUGGAAGUUCACCCAGAGGUAUUGGACGUAUGGGUAUGGGUACGGGUGGUCGUAAACCAAUGUGUCUGGGUGGAGGUUCACACAUGGAGUAA